AUGGCGGAAGGCGAAGUGAGUGGGUCCCCCCCGCGCGACCUGCUGAACCGGUACAAAAGCAAGUACCGCAAAAUAGACAUCGACAAGGCGAAGGGCAUCCUGCAGGAGCACUUUGGAAUUGCAGAGUUCAAAGAAAAACAAGUAGAGUGUCUAAAUGCAAUUAAAAACUUCAAGCAUGUCCUUAACAUCAUGCCAACAGGAGGAGGUAAAUCACUCAUCUACCAAGUAACCCCACUACUAAUAGAAGGAAUCAGCAUAGUAAUCAGUCCAUUAAUCUCCCUCAUGUAUGACCAAACAAAGUCAUUAAAGAGAAAAAAUAUAGUUGCAGAAACGAUUAAUAGUUCACUCAAUAAAAAAGAAAAUGAAAAAAUUUUGAGUCUUCUCAAAAACUACAAUAAUUGUGACAUCAAGGUUUUAUACGUAACCCCCGAGACAGCCACAAGUGAAUAUUUCAUGAUUGUCUUGAAACAGCUUUACAUUAACGUAAAAAUUGCUUUGAUAUCUAUUGAUGAGGUUCACUGUAUAAGUACCUGGGGUUGUGACUUUAGGAAAAGCUAUCGGAAUUUGAACAAAGUUUUGAAGGCAUGUCCCUACGUGCGUGUGUAUACCUGCACGGCCACCGCUACCAAGUGCGUGGAGAAGGACAUCAUUGUGAACUUAAACUUGGAUGGACACCUUGGGGAGGAGGCGGCCAGCAGGAGGGCCCGCGAAAAGGGGCCCGAGCAGGCGAAGCAUAACCGGAAGGGGCACGAGGGGGAGGGGCAGCAGGAGCAGCAGAAGCUGGAGGGGGAGGAGCAAAAGGGGGAGGAGGAGCAGCAGCAGCAGGGACAGACUACUUACCAAACGGAGAAUCAGACGGGCCUGGCGAGCGAUAACCCGAUUGAUAUACCCAGCGACACCCAGAGCGACGCCCCAAGCAGCCGCGACCCAGAGGGGGGCACCUGCAACUCGCUGCGAAUCGUGCGCACGUCGUUCAACAGACCCAACCUGAAGUACGUCAUUAAAAAAAAAAGUAUUUUUCACAUCAUCCAGGAGAAAAGAAAUAUGGACAAAAUAGGUAUCAUAUACUGUUUUAAACGGAACACCUGCGAUGAAAUUUCCAAGUAUUUAAGAGAGCAGGGGUUCCAAGCCCUGAGUUAUCAUGCCGGAUUGACAAACAGCGCAAGGAAGAGAAUACAAGAAAAAUGGGUCAACGGAAAUGCAAAAAUUUUAGUGGCCACCAUAGCAUUUGGCAUGGGUAUAGACAGAAAGGAUGUCUCCUUUAUUAUUCACUUUAAUUUACCCAAGUCGAUAGAAAAUUAUUAUCAAGAAUCUGGACGUUCUGGUCGAAACGGAAACGUUUCCUUCUGUUACCUGUACUACUCUAAAGAGGAUGUAGAGAGACUCUCCUACAUCAUUCGAAGCAGCUACUCCAACUUGGAUAUGCAGGACCUCACCAUGCAGAAGAAGUACGAAAAGGAGAUAUACAAUCUCGAGUGCGUGCAUAAUUUGUGUGUCCAGGAGAAGUGCGUGCGUUCGCAAAUCCUGGCGCACUUCGGUGAGCUCCCUCCCCCCAGGGGUAGUAGCGGUAGUGGCAACGGCGACGAAGAUUACUGCUGCUCGUACUGUUCCGAUGUGAAGGGCUCGAGGCACAAAAUUGAGAGAGUCAUUAAAAUGUACGAGGAGGCACAUUGGAACAUCCAAUCCAACUAUAACAAAACGAGUGGUAACCACGUGAACUCCUUCAAGAACGUCCUCCACAAAAAGAAGCAUAAGCUAAGUGACUACUCCGACUCGGACAAGGAACGUGGGCUAGAUCAAUAUAAACUAACAAACAAAAGGAUUAAAGGGUUUGUUCCCUUCCAAAGUGCAUCAUCCAUAAUUUCGAAGGACAUCCGAGAUAAGGGCAUCAUUGAAGUUAUGAAGGAGUUGGAGAGAAGGGAAGAGCUCAUGGACAACAAGCUGGAGGAGCGGACCCCCAAAAUCGGGAAAAUGACGCAUUCCAUUUCUCAAUUCACUAAUGUGAAAAAGAAGCCCGUGUUUUCUUCCUUUAAGGUUCCCCGCAAGUUGUGA